UAUCUGACUUCGGGGCUGCAGUUGGUCAGUUCUCUGAUGGAGGGAGAGGUAAAGAAGAGAAGGAGGAAGGACCAGAUGGUGAAUCUGGUGGUUGUGUGUUUGCUCCAGUCUGCUGCGGCCAGCCUUAUCACCGCAGAGUUCUUUGAAGUCAGAGGCCAGCGUGUGUGUAGGGUGGACCGGGCCCGGCCCUGCUAUAAACUGGCCUAUUUUUCUGACCCUGGACGGCGACUCAGCUUCCUGGAGGCGAAACUAGCGUGUCGCCGUGACGGAGGAGAGCUGCUGAGCGUUGAGUCACCGGCCGAACAGCGAAUCAUAGAGCAGCUAGUCAGGGAGCUCCGUCCCUCCGACGGAGACUUCUGGAUUGGCCUACGUCGUAACCAUGGUGACACGGAAAACGUCGACGACUGUCCCUCACAGUACUACUGGACCGACGGGAGCCCCGCCUCCUUCAGGAACUGGCACCUGGACGAGCCGUCCUGUGGAUACGAGGUGUGUGUGGUGAUGUACCACCAGCCGUCCGCCCCUCCAGGCCUCGGAGGACUCUACAUGUUCCAAUGGAACGAUGAUAACUGUGACACCAAGAACAAUUUCAUCUGCAAGUACACAGCAGAGAUGGCUCCGGAACCCUCCCCCAACACUGCACACCCAGAGGCUCCUCCCCUAUCUCUGUCACCCCUGCCCACGACCUUUGACACCGAAGAGAAGAGACAGACCCCAGCUCUGAACAUGGUUUACAUGGUCCUGCCCGCCAUCCCGUUGUUGACGGUGUUACUAAUAGCAACUGUGGUCUUCUGCUUCAAGCUGCUGGCUCGACGGAGGAAGCAGCGUGAGCAGCAGACAGAGGCGUGUCCCAGCGAACCGGGGUCCUGUCAAAGCUCCGCCCAGCCGCCUGACGUCUACAACGUGAUUCGCUCCCAGCAGGAGGCCGACCUGGCUGGAACACGCCCCCACACCAAGAACACUUCCUUCUUAGGCUCCUCCCCCAACAUGUCCCCUGGUGACUAUGACAACCUGGGGGGUCUGAGAGAUACGGAGAGUGGUUUCGUCACGCUGGCCAGCACAGAGAGCAACUUCCUGUUGACCUCUGAACUCUACGACCACAGUCUGGGGCGACGCCAAGACAACCCAGACAUUUAUCACAACAGUCUGGGUCGGCAAGGCAACGGAGAGGUUUAUAACAACAGUCUGGGUCGGCAUGGUAACCGAGAGGUUUAUAACAACAGUCUGGGUCGUCAUGGCAACGGAGAGACGUACGAUAACAGUCUGGGUUGUGAUGGCAACGGAGGGACGUACAACAACAGACUGGGUCUUCAUGGCCGCGUGGUGAAGAGCAGUGAGCUGUACAACACUAGUCACUAUAGAGACAGUCUUUACCAAACCAGCCUGGAUCGCUAUGGUAACCCUGAACAGCACGAGAGAAACCCGGGUUGUCAUGGGAACGAUGCCAGUGUAGAUUGCUACGGGAAGGAGGCCACUGUGGGUUACUAUGGCAACGAGGGCAGUCUGGGUGGGAAGUGCUACAAAGAGUGGUUGGACAGUGACAGCAACUGACAACCACUGACUGUGACAACUACUGACAGUGACAGCUACUGACAGCUACUGACAGCUACUGACAGAUACUGACAGCUACUGACAGUGACAGCAACUGACAGCUACUGACAGCUACUGACAACUACUGACAGAUACUGACAGUGACAGCAACUGACAGUGACAGCAACUGACAGAUACUGACAGCUACUGACAGAUACUGACAGAUACUGACAACCACUGACAGCUACUGACAGAUACUGACAGCUACUGACAGAUACUGACAGAUACUGACAACCACUGACAGCUACUGACAGAUACUGACAGAUACUGACAGCUACUGACAGAUACUGACAGAUACUGACAACCACUGACAGUGACAGCAACUGACAGCUACUGACAGCUACUGACAGCUACUGACAGAUACUGACAGCUACUGACAGCUACUGACAGAUACUGACAGAUACUGACAACCACUGACAGUGACAGCUACUGACAGAUACUGACAGCUACUGACAGCUACUGACAGAUACUGACAACCACUGACAGUGACAGCUACUGACAGCUACUGACAACCACUGACAGUGACAGCUACUGACAGCUACUGACAGCCACUGACAG